AUGCCUCCUACCGUGAGGAAAUUCGACGGAACGGGGGACCCUCAAGAACAUGUGCUAGCUUAUCAGGCUGCCAUGAUGUUAAUGGGGUCAUCUGAAGCCGCCAUGUGCCGAGCCUUCUUUUCAACGUUGUUAGGCGGGGCACAACGCUGGUUCACUAACUUGCCAGGCGGUUCUAUAAGUUCCUUCCACGAACUAGAAAUGAAAUUUAUCACAUCAUUUAUGAGAGCAAGGAGAAGCAAUAAGUACUUCACACACCUCGCCUGCAACCUCAAGCAAGAGAGGGAUGAGACCUUAACUGAAUUCCUUUCCCGCUGGAGAGUGGAGGAGGCUGAGGUGGAGGACAUGGACGAUAAGUCAGCCAUUGUCAUGUUCAUUUCCACUUUGCGCGCGGGGGAUUUAUACAAAAGCCUACGUUGCAAAAUGCCAAGAACAUACACAUCGCUGAUGAUUCAAACCAAUCGAUAUACCAAGGCGGAGGAAGCAAACCGCUUGAAAUGUCUAGAAGAGGAAGGAAACAAAAGGCCUCGAACGGAGGAGCAAUCUAGACUUGGGAGAAGCACGAACCAUCCCCCUUAG